AUGGCCACCCCUGGGCUGCAAGACAUCCCCUUGCUCCCUGGCUCCCCACGCAGGCUGAGCCCUCGUGCAGUGGCCAGGGGCAGCCAGGGUGACAAACAAGGACAGCAACACCUCAAGGUGCCAGAUCCCCCAGCCACAGGUCUACAGGGAAGCUCCAACCAAGAUUCUGGCCAGCUGUCUGAUGAAGAGAGCUCCCACAACAGCUCUGUCAUCAACAACUACCUGGAUGCCAAUGAGCCAGUGCCCUCGGAGGCCCCUCUGAGUCGCAUGCACUUCUAUGACAACCAAAGGAAGGUUGACUACGUGCUGGCCUACCACUAUCGGAAACGUGGGGCACAUCCCAGCCACAGCUCCCCUGGCCAGUCACUGGCCAUCAUCUCCAAUGGGGAGACUGGCAAGGAGCCCCAUGCUGGGAGCUCUCGUGACAUUGAGCUGGGGCGGCUGGAUGCCCUGGAAGAGGAGAGGAAGGAACAGCGGGAGGAGUUUGAGCACAACCUGAUGGAGGCUGGGCUGGAGCUUGAGAAGGAUGUGGAGAAUAAAAGCCAAGGAUCCAUCUUUGUCCGGAUACAUGCCCCGUGGCAGGUGCUGGCCAGAGAAGCAGAAUUCUUGAAGAUCAAAGUUCCCACCAAGAAAAUGUAUGAUAUCAAAUCAGAAGGCGGCAUUGCCAAGAAGUUCAAUGAGAUUCUGCAGAAUCUGAGCUCACCCUUGAAGCCCAGAGUUCCAGAGCAUAGUAACAACAGGAUGAAAAACCUCUCCUACCCAUUCUCCAGGGAGAAAAUGUACCUGUACAACAUCCAGGAUAAGGACACCUUCUUUGACAAUGCCACCCGUAGCCGAAUUGUGCAUGAGAUCCUGAAGCGCACACCCUGUUCCCGAGCCAACAACACAAUGGGCAUUAACUUUCUGAUAGCAAACAAUAUCUAUGAGGCGGCCUAUCCUCUUCAUGAUGGUGAAUAUGACAGUCCAGGGGAUGACAUGAAUGACAGAAAGCUGCUGUAUCAAGAAUGGGCACGCUAUGGAGUGUUUUAUAAGUUUCAACCUAUUGACCUCAUCAGAAAGUAUUUUGGAGAAAAAAUUGGACUGUAUUUUGCUUGGCUGGGAUUAUAUACAUCAUUCCUCAUCCCAUCUUCUAUAAUUGGUGUGAUUGUGUUUCUUUAUGGAUGUGCAACAAUUGAGGAAGAUAUUCCCAGCAAAGAGAUGUGUGACCAGCAGAACGCCUUCACCAUGUGUCCCCUGUGUGACAAGGCCUGUGAUUACUGGAACCUCAGCUCAGCCUGUGGUACAGCGCGGGCCAGCCACCUGUUUGACAAUCCUGCCACUGUCUUCUUCUCCAUCUUCAUGGCUCUGUGGGCUACCAUGUUUCUUGAAAACUGGAAGAGAUUACAGAUGCGAUUGGGCUACUUCUGGGACCUGACUGGUAUAGAAGAGGAAGAAGAACGUGCCCAGGAACACUCCCGGCCUGAGUAUGAAACCAAAGUUCGAGAAAAGUUGCUAAAGAAGAGUGACCAGACUGUUGUCCAGAAAUUGGGGACCAACAUGCUUGAGAGUGAGGAUGAAGAUGAUGAUGAAGAUAAGCUUACCUGGAAAGAUCGCUUCCCAGGUUACCUGAUAAACGUCGUCUCCAUCUUGUUCAUGAUUGCCUUGACCUUCUCCAUUGUUUUUGCGGUCAUUGUGUACCGAAUCACAACUGCAGCUGCUCUGUCUCUCAACAAGGACACACGCUCCAACGUCCGGGUGACAGUGACAGCGACAGCGGUCAUCAUCAACCUUGUGGUCAUCCUCAUCCUGGAUGAGAUCUACGGUGCGGUGGCCAAGUGGCUCACCCAAAUCGAGGUUCCAAAAACAGAGCAGACUUUUGAAGAACGCCUGAUAUUGAAAGCUUUUCUGCUGAAGUUUGUCAAUGCCUACUCGCCUAUCUUCUAUGUGGCCUUUUUCAAAGGGAGGUUUGUGGGCCGACCUGGAAGCUAUGUUUAUGUGUUCAAUGGUUACCGCAUGGAAGAGUGUGCUCCUGGAGGCUGCCUCAUGGAACUCUGCAUUCAGCUUAGCAUCAUCAUGUUGGGGAAGCAGCUGAUCCAGAACAAUAUCUUUGAGAUUGGAGUACCGAAGCUAAAAAAACUAUUUCGGAAGCUGAAAGAUGAAACAGAACCUAGAGAAACUGACUCUGCCCAUUCAAGACACCCAGAGCAGUGGGACCUAGACUACAGCUUGGAACCAUACACUGGACUGACUCCAGAGUACAUGGAAAUGAUCAUCCAGUUUGGCUUUGUCACCAUCUUUGUGGCCUCCUUUCCUCUGGCACCUGUGUUUGCCCUCCUCAACAAUGUCAUUGAAGUGCGGCUGGAUGCAAAGAAGUUUGUCACGGAGCUGAGGCGGCCAGAUGCUGUGAGAACCAAAGAUAUUGGGAUUUGGUUUGACAUUCUCUCCGGAAUUGGCAAGUUCUCCGUUAUCAGCAAUGCUUUUGUCAUUGCCAUCACCUCCGACUUUAUCCCUCGCCUUGUGUACCAGUACUCCUAUAGUCACAAUGGGACUCUGCAUGGCUUUGUCAACCACACCCUCUCCUUUUUCAACGUCAGUCAGCUGAAGGAGGGAACACAACCUGAAAACUCACAGUUUGACCAGGAUGUUCAGUUCUGCAGGUUUAAGGAUUACCGAGAGCCACCAUGGGCGCCAAACCCAUAUGAAUAUUCCAAACAGUACUGGUCUAUUCUGUCUGCCCGUCUGGCUUUUGUCAUAAUCUUCCAGAACCUUGUGAUGUUCCUAAGUGUCCUCGUGGACUGGAUGAUCCCAGAUAUCCCCACGGACAUCAGCGACCAGAUCAAGAAAGAGAAAAGCUUGUUGGUGGACUUCUUCCUGAGAGAGGAGCAUGAGAAGCUCAAGUUGAUGGAUGAGACAGCCCCCAGCAGCCAGGGAGGGAGCCAUCAGAGCAGGAGGAACCGGGCAGCCAGCUCAGCACCCUCUGGCCAUAGCCAGCCAGGCAGCAUCGCAUCCUCUGGUUCUCAGCACACCAGCGUGUGA